AUGUUAAGAGUAACUAGAACCAUACCUAAGAGGUUCAAAUCAACCCCUAAAAUCAGUGAUUUAAACAAACCUAAUGAAGAAAACUUAACUCCUGAAGAAAUUCAAAAGCGUAAACAAGAAGCAGCUAAGUUAGCCAUGCAAUCAAUCAAAGACAUGACAUCAAUGUUAUCUUCCCACGACGACAAAGAAGUUGAAAAGAUCAAUUCAAAACCAAUAUAUCAAAAUCCUAAAUUGUUUGAUUCGUUGAAUUUGUUACAUCAAGGACAAAUUAUUGAAGAAUUACAAGAGAAAUAUAACAAAAAUUGGAAUAAAAUGACCUCCAAGGAUAAGAAGCUUGGUUAUUAUAUAUCAUAUGGUAAUUGGGGACCCAGAGAAAAGUUUGAUAAUUGGAAUACUUCAGAAGUUCCUCAUGAUUUACCUUUUGAAAAUAAUGUUAAUAAAUCCAUAAAUUUACCUAAUGACAAGAUAUCAAGAUUACCUGAAAGAGAUCUCAGAUUGACUGAUAUAAGAAAGGAUCAAUUCAAUAUCAAGAGAAUAGAUGGUGUUACGAAAUUUUUCAUUUAUUUAUCAUUGGCAAUUGCUUUAGGUGCCAUAUAUAGGGAUAAAUACAUUGGAGAAGACGGCAAACCAGUUGAAGUUAUAAUCCGAGAUAUUUAUGAAGAACAAAGAUUGGAGGAAGAACGUUUGGAACAAGAAAGAUUAGAGAAAGAACGAGCACGUAAGUGGUAUUACUUAUGGUUGAAAUAA